UGAAAGGCCAGCUGGGUUGUGAGCUUGUUUACUCAUCUCUCUCUCUCUCUCUUUCUGGUUUCUUUGUAGAUGAACAGCCAUAGACUAUUGGUUGCAGAAUUCAAAAGUCUUAGCUAAAAUAAAAAUUUGAUUGAGCAAUGAAGUAGAGAGAGAGAGAGAGUGAGGGGGAAGAGAGAGAGAGUAUGGUUUUUUCUUGAGUGCAUGAUUUUGAUAACUUCUCUUGUGGGUUGGGUUUUGUUUUGGCUUUGAGAGAAAGCUUUGCUUGUUUGUGUUGUUUAUUUCUUUUUUGGAUGGGUGCAGAGGGAGGAGAAGCAGCAGCCGUAGAAGUUUUGGAGAGAGAUGGGAGAGACAAUAGAGAGCAGUUGUGGUGCAGUUGUAUACAGCAGUUGCAUACACAAAAAUUCUUCUUACAAGUGAAAAAACCUUGUACCUUAAAAGAAUUCUAAAGAAUCUCUCACUGAAAUCCACAAAUUAAGCUAGUAGGAGGAAUUGAUCUCAAAGCAAAAGAUCUGGUUUUUGUUGUAGAGUUAUUUUCUUCCUUUCUUUCAGAGUCAUGAAGAGACUUGGCAGCUCUGAUUCCCUUGGUGCUUUGAUGUCUAUCUGCCCAACCACAGACGAGCACAGUCCGAGAAACGGCAACCAUGUUUAUGGGAGAGAGUUUCAAUCCAUGUUGGAUAGCUUAGAUGAAGAAGCUUGUGUAGAAGAAUCAGGCCAUGUAUCUGAGAAGAAACGGCGAUUAAGUGUAGAUCAAGUUAAGGCCUUGGAGAAGAACUUUGAGGUUGAAAACAAGCUUGAACCAGAGAGAAAAGUGAAGCUAGCCCAAGAACUUGGCUUGCAACCAAGACAAGUCGCUGUUUGGUUUCAAAACCGCCGUGCCCGAUGGAAAACCAAGCAAUUGGAAAGAGACUAUGGAGUUCUCAAAGCCAAUUACGAAGCUCUCAAGGCCAAUUUUGAGUCCCUCCAACAUGAAAAUGAAGCUUUACUUAAAGAGAUAAGAGAACUGAAGGCGAAACUCAACGAAGAGAACACAGAGAGCAAUGUUUCUGUUAAAGAGGAAAUACUCUUGGCUGAAUCCGACGACAAAGCGAGUGAAGAGCCAGCUCUUCUCGCAUCAGAGAUAAAAGACCUGAAUUACGAGAGCUUCAACAGCAAAAACAAUGGAGUACAGGGAGCUUCUCUUUUCCCAGACUUCAAAGAUGGAUCCUCAGAUAGCGACUCAAGCGCGAUCUUAAACGAAGAUAACAGUCCAAAUCCAGCCAUUUCCUCAUCUGGGAUUCUCCAAAACCACCAGUUAAUGAUGUCUCCUCCACCACCAUCAUCAUCAUCAUCAUCGUUCCAGUUCACAAAAGCGAACCCAUAUGUAACCCAGUUUGUGAAGAUGGAAGAACACAAUUUCUUUAGCAGUGAAGAGGCAUGCAAUUUCUUCUCAGAUGAGCAAGCCCCUACUCUUCAAUGGUACUGUCCAGAUCAAUGGAAUUAAACAAAAAAAAAAAAAGAAAGAAAGAAAAAUAGUGGGCGGUGGUGGUAUCUUAGCUCCAAGGAUUUUGUAAAUUGGAAAUGAAAGUAUCUAUGUAAUCUAAAGCUCUUUACUUUAAUCUCCAUUGAGGAAAAGGUGAAAAUUGGAGAACUGGGUCCAUGAACAUUCAAAGGAAGAAGAACAUAAGAAAAGAAAGAAUCAAAGGAAGGGGAUGGACAAAAAUGGCAAAAAAAAAAAUUGGAAAAGAAAGUUCUUGGAGCUAAGUAAGAGAGAGAGAGAGAGCACGUGGGCUUAGGUGACCAUAAAUGGGCGUAGAUUUUGUGUUAUAAGCCGUGCGGGAAUGAUUAGGUCGUAAUUGAUGGAGCGCUUUGCUGUAAAAAAGUUAUUAAGAAGAAAUCAUCCGAUCCUUGAAACUAUAGGGGAAGAAUUCUUGUAAUGGAGAAAUAAUCAUGCUUCUCUUUAUCUUUCUUCUU